AUUUAUUCUCAAUUAGAUCCGAGUGGUGAGUGAAAGUUUGAAAACAGAAGCAAUUCACAGACGAAGCCUAAUCUAGAGAAUGGCUGGUAGGUUUGACAAGCAAGCUGGUUUUUACGCGGAUGCUAGGCCAACUUAUCCAACCGAGUGGUACUCCAUGCUGGCUGCUCUAACUCCGCACCACUCUUUAGCUUGGGAUGUUGGCACCGGCAAUGGUCAAGCUGCUAUUGGUGUUGCUGAGCAUUAUGAGCAAGUAAUUGGAACCGAUGUGAGUGAGGCUCAGUUGAAACUUGCAAUGCCACACCCUCGCAUUCGAUAUCUCCACACUCCAUUAUCCAUGACAGAUGAUGAAUUAGUGGCCUUGAUUGGAGGAGAAAAUUCAGUUGAUUUGGUUACUGUGGCCGCAGCUGUCCACUGGUUUGAGCUCCCCAAGUUCUACUCCAUAGUAACACGGCUUCUAAAAAAGCCAGGAGGUGUAAUUGCUGUUUGGGCUUAUCAUGACAUGGUAGUUAGCCCCACUUUUGAUCCCAUAUUGAAGCGUUUUCUUGACACACUUCUUCCCUAUUGGGACCCAAAAAUAAAAGGCGUAUAUGAUGAUUAUAAGAUACUUCCAUUUCCUUUUGAAAGUGUAGGUAUAGGAUGUGAGGGGAAACCACAACAACUAGAUAUGCCAAAGGAGGUGUCACUUGAGAAAUUCUUGAAUAUGUUCAGGUCAUGGUCUCCAGUAAAUACAGCUAAGGACCAAGGUGUUGAUUUGUUAUCAGAAAGUGUGGUAAAAGAAUUUGAGAGUGCUUGGGGAGGACCUACAUUGGUCAGAUCAAUCAUCUUUAAGGGCUUUAUGCUUGCCGGAAAAGUUAGGCUUUAAUUAUUAUUAUUAUUAUUAUUAUUAUUAUUAUUAUUAUUAUUAUUUUGGUGGAAACCAGGUAAGGGACUGAGACAAGAGGGGAGUGGGUGGCUAGCUAAUAGUAUUGGAAUCCAGGGCCUGGUUGUGGAACUGGAUGCGAAAGUGAUAGUGGAACUUCUCCAUUCUAACAACAAGACUAAUGGAAUUUUGUACUUUUAUUUGAUAAGCUGGAAUUUUGUCCUUUAUGCUAGAUGACUGCAGAUCCUUACUCGGCAAGUUUACACCAAGUUCGUGUGGAGCAUGUUUACUGGGAAGGGAAUAAAGGAGCAGAUGCACUGGCCAAAUGGGGCACAACCAUGAGAGUUUUGUUAUUUUUGAUUUGCCCCCUAGCUCUGAUAUUCGCUCUAUGGUUAACAUGGAUGUAUCUGAUAUGUAUUUUUGUAGAACUGUGAACGCUAGCCCUGCCCCUGUGGUGAGGCAGUGAUUGUAUGGUUGUGUUUUGUUUAAUUCAUAUCCUUUUAACCAAAAAAAGAAAAGAAAAGAGGGAGUGGGUUGUUUAUGAUU